AUCGUUUUAGUGACAUUUCCAUCCUCACAAGACAUGCAAAAACGCUCAAAAGUUCAAAUGUAUAGUGAAAUUAAUGCUUUAAUAUAAAAGUUAAAUGUUAAAAAUCGUAAGAUGUCUUCCGAAACUUUGUGUGAGAAAUUAUACUAAAAAAAUAAAGGAAGAGAUGAAGUACUUGAACGUUGCGGAAAAAAAUGAUGCAGCUAAAACGAUUGCUGGGCUUCUGUCCAGAGGCAGCGCGAAUCGCCGUAAUGGCUUGUCUGUUUAUAAUAAAAUUUAUGAUUUCGAAACGACAGUAGCCGGUCGUAAAUGUAAGAUGGUUAUGACUUCAGUUUCUGGUCACUUGUUGCAUUUAGAGUUCUUGCAAUCUUAUCGUAACUGGCGGAAUGUAGAUCCACAAUCUUUAUUUGAUGCGCCAGUACGUAAAUCAUGUGGUGAAGAUUAUUUGCCCAUAAAGCGUACAUUGGAACGUGAAAUACGUAGUUGUCAAGGUCUUAUUGUAUGGACGGAUUGCGAUCGUGAAGGCGAAAAUAUUGGUGUAGAAAUUGUUGAUGUCUGCCGUGCCAUAAAACCAAAUAUUACCGUUCAUCGUGCGAUAUUUUCAGAAAUUACAACCGCUGCUGUUAAACGUGCAUUGCAACAGUUAAAAACUCCCGAUUUAAAACAGAGUGAUGCUGUAGACGUACGCACUGAAUUGGAUUUACGCACUGGUGCGGCUAUUACGCGUUUUCAAACAAUGCGCUUGCAGCGCCUUUUUCCGGAGAAAAUCGCCGAGAAACUUAUAUCGUAUGGUAGCUGUCAAAUACCUACACUAGGUUUUGUAGUUGAACGCUACAAGGAAAUAGAGGCAUUUGUGUCUGAACCAUUUUGGAAAAUCAAGGUAAUACAUACGAUCGAUGAUUUAACUGUAGAGUUUGCUUGGGCUCGCAAUCGUUUGUUUGAUAAGCAAAUUUGUGAAGAUUAUUUAUUGCUUUGUCUUGCCGAUCCACGAGCCGCAGUAGAAAAUGUUACCGUAAAACCUAAAAGUAAGUGGCGACCAACACCAAUGGAUACAGUUGAAAUGGAAAAGUUGGGUUCACGUAAAUUAAAACUCUCUGCAAAAGAAACUAUGACCAUUGCCGAAAAAUUAUAUACCAAAGGUAUAAUAAGUUAUCCUCGCACGGAAACAAAUAUUUUUUCCAAAGAAAUUGAUUUACGUUCUUUGGUGGAGCAGCAAACAUCACAUGAUAAUUGGGGUUCAUUUGCACAAAGAGUUAUGGAAUGGGGACCAAAUCCACGAAAUGGCAGUAAAUCUGAUCAAGCGCAUCCACCGAUACAUCCAACUAAAUUAGUUACAGAUUUACAAGGCAAUGAAGCCCGAGUCUAUGAAUUGAUUUGUCGACAUUUUUUGGCUUGCGUUAGUAAAGACGCUACUGGUUCAGAGACCAUAGUAAACAUUGAUAUUGCUGGAGAAAAAUUUACAGCAACCGGCUUAUGUAUUUAUGAACGCAAUUACUUGGAUGUGUACAUAUAUGAUAAAUGGAAUGCUAAACAAAUACAUAAAUACGAACAAGGUCAAGUUUUCGAACCAACUGACAUAUCACUACAUGAAGGUGCUACAACUGCACCACCAUUAUUGACAGAGGCUGAUUUAAUUUCACUUAUGGAAAAACACGGAAUCGGUACAGAUGCAACACAUGCUGAACACAUUAAUACCAUUAAAGAAAGAGGCUACAUUGGGGUUAUUGAUAAGGGAUUCUUAGUGCCUGGUGUGAUUGGCAUGGGUCUGUAUGAAGGAUACGAUGCUAUGGACUUAGCAUUAGCAAAACCGUUUUUGCGUGCAGAAUUUGAGAGCGAUUUAAAAAAGAUAUGUUCCGGUGAAAAAGAUCCAAAAGUAGUACUGGUAGAACAAAUACGUAAAUAUAAAGAGGCCUAUAAACAGAUAAUGGAUAAAGUUCAAGCGAUGGAUGAGAAAAUAGCUUUGCGCGUAAAUGAGACACCUUCCACAAAUAAUGCGAAUACUCCUGGUGAUCCACAAGUUUAUGUUGAGAACAAUCCCAAUCGCAUACAGGAAUUAUUUCAGUGUCCAAAAUGCAAUGUAGCGCCAUUAGCACUUAAAGCUAAGAAAAAUAAUAGUGGACACUUUAUUGGUUGUCUAAACUUUCCUGAUUGUAAAAAUGUUGUCUGGUUACCAGAUGAAUGCAAAGAGCCAUCUGUGCAUUCACAAACAUGCGAACGCUGUGGUUCAAAUGUUAAAUUGUUGAAAUUCAAAUUUUCUAAUGUCUACUACAAAACAUUAUUUGGCGCGCCAAAUGGUUGGUAUAAGACCUGUCUACGUUGUGACGAACAAUUUCGUAGUACUUUUAACAUUAAUUUGGAAAAUAUAAAAAAUAUUGGUGCUAUUGUCAGUGAUACAUCUACAAGUGUCACCAAUAUUACUUCGGUUCCUGAAAGAAGUAAUAAUUCUACUUCUGCUGCUGGCAGUUCAGGUAUAAAUACCGGAAAUUCUUUAUUUAUUACAAGAUCUACUUCUGACACGAGUGGAACGAAACAAUCUAAAUCUAAAAAGACAACUAGUACUGAAAAUAAACCUCAACCGAAAAAGAGAUCUUCAAAUACCACAACAACAACCACGGCAAAGAAGAGAAAAGCUGAUUCUAAUAUUCGUAGUUAUUUUACACAAGCAUCUACCACUACAAGAAGUACUGAAAAUGAAGCCAUAGCAGCAGCAGAAUUGAAUGAUAUACCACUGGAUGAAUUUUUCGAUAGUAACGAUGGUUUUGAAGAUAUUAUGCUUGAAGCAGAAACUUCCGUUAAUAAUGAAACAAAUAGAGGAGAUGCAAGGUCAACAACAACAACUGCAGCAAUUGUCUCGAAUCGCAACUCCAAUGACAAUAUGCGUUCCGCAAAUGCAACGUCUAACAGUGAUGCCUAUGACAAUACCUACUUAUCUUCAAUGUUUAAUGAUGAUAGUGCAGAUUUUACUUGGGGUACAGGAGAAUACAACAAAAGUAAUCAAAAUCCUGCUCGCACAACAACAGUUUCCAUCAUAGAUCAAAACUUAGAUGAUAGUUUUGAUGCUAUACUUCGUGGUGAAAAUCCUCCUGAUGAUAUCUUUCCAUGGGGAACUGCAGAGCGUAGAAAACUUAACAAAGGAAACGGAACAAAAGGAACAAAACCUCAACAAACAGUAACUUAUUAUGAUUAUGAUGAACAUGAUGAUGACGAUUAUAAUUUGUAUAACGGUUCAACAAGGGCGCGGCUGACAGAAGUUAUAAAAUGCACUGGUUGCCACCAAGAAGCUAAAUUAUUAACAGUGAAGAAAAAUUCUCCAAACCAAGGUAGAGAAUUUUAUGUCUGUCCAAAAAGUAAUGCGUGCAAAUUUUUUCAAUGGGUGGAUGAAGCAAGUGCCAAUGAGCCUGAAAAUAAUGCAGUACCCUACAGAGAUCGUGCGUUCUCAUCCCAAAGAACAACAAAUACCUGGGGAUCUCAAGGUAGUCCUGGAGGAGAUUGGGGUUCUGAAGACAGACCCAAAGGUGGUUGGGGUUCUGGGGAUAAAUCUAGACGUACUUUGGGAUCUGAAGACAGAUUCGGUAGUAGUUGGGCAGUCGAAGAUGAACCUAGUGGUACUUGGGGGUCUAAAGAUAAAUCCAGGGGUACUUGGGGAUCUGAAGAUAGAUCUAGCAAUAGUCGAGGAUCUCAAGAUAAUUCUAGCAGUAUUUGGGGAACUCGAGAUCGACAAAAAGAUGGAUGGGAGGAAAAAAAUUUUGGAAACAUUUCGCUUCAGAGAAGAAGUAGUAAUUGGGAAACACAAGAUCAGACAUCCGUUUCAAAUUCUAGUGAUUUUAAAAACAGAGGAAAAAGUAAAUGGUAUUCAGACGAACCAACAACUUCUGCUAAUGCUAACAUUAUGCGGAAUGCGUGGAAGAAGUCUACAGAAACUGAAACAAGUGUUAAUUGUAAUUGUGGCAAACCAGCUAGCAGCCUCAUUGUACGAAAAGAAGGUAUGAAUAAGGGACGUCCAUUUCAUGGUUGUGUAGCACGUACGUGUGGCUUUUUUAAAUGGGCUGAUGAAGCACCAACCAAUUCUGGUUCAGUUAGUGCUACGGUUGUUAAUUCAAAUGAUCAAAACACACAAAACAAAAAAGAUAAUAAUCAACCGUCCAACAAGGGACGUAAGUGUGGACUAUGUCGUCAGCAAGGACACACAAAACUAAAAUGUCCAAGAAAAGCUGAAUUUGAAUAUUAAAUAUAUUAUAUAGAUUCAUAAUAGUUGUUGUUAUAAGAAAUACUAGAAAUACUAUGUAUAAAGAAAUACUCACGAAAAUUUUUUAACAAAUUCUUCGAUAGAUGUGUAAUUAAUCUUUAUAUAUAUGUAUAUACUUUAGAAAAUCGUUUCUACGUGCAUCAGCACAAAGUACUGUAUUUUAA